CGCCCCACGUACAGAAGAGGGAAGCUGAGCUUCAGUUAACAUCGUUAUCAGCUCUAUACUGUUGCUCUGCAAAGAUGCAAAACAGCAAAUUUCACAGAUGGAAAACUCCUUCAUUUACUGAGAAGAAGCGUCACAGAGAGGGGUGAGGACAAGCAAACUUUACGAAGUCUGGAAUACAGAAGCCUGGUGACAUGGUUAACCUUGUGCCAGGUCUACUCAUUUGUCUAAUGACUGCGCAGACCCUCCAGCAUGAUGGAAACAGAACCAGGACCAAAUCCAAAAACUCAACUGCUUUUGAACCAAAAACCUUUAGGGGAAGGACAGACACACUUAACCACACAAACCAGUUGCUCUAUCCCAGCACAGACCCUGAGCUGGAUGUGAACCUAGAGGACCCAGUGGCAGUUUUUACCAAAAGUAUUUUCAGCACCUGGGUCAUACCUUUAUCUUACAUCCUGGCCAUGCUGGUGGGCAUCCCCUCAAAUGCUUACAUUCUGACCUUCCUCAGACUCAGAGCAAAGUCCUUUUCCAUAAUAGUUCUGUACCUGAACCUGGCCUUAUCGGACCUGCUGCUCCUGCUCUCCCAGGCACUGCGGGUUCACUACCACUUCAACGGAAAUAACUGGAUAUUUGGGGAGAUCUCCUGCCGGCUUAUCACGGCCUUGUUUUAUGGUAAUGUUUACUGUUCUGCUCAAACCAUAGCAUGCAUCAGUCUGCGGCGCUACCUGGCUGUGGUCAAACCAUUUCUGUACAGAAGGCUGGCUAAGACUACUCUGGCUGUGUGGACAUGCUUUAUCGUGUGGUUCAUGUUUGUGGCAGCUAUCGUACCUGAACUCAUGGUCAGGCAGAGCUACCACAUUACCCAGCUUGGGAUCACCACUUGCCAUGAUGUACUUCCUCUAGAACAAAAACCUCACUCACUACUGGUGCCAUACAGACUGAUGCUUGUUUUCACAGGCUUCAUCGUGCCCUUUCUGAUUUGUGUAUUUGCUCAUGCAGCAGUAGUAUACCACCUAGGACAAUCUCGUUGUGACUGGAAACCAUUCAUCAGGGUCAGCACUCUGGUCUUCAUCAUCUUUGUGAUGUGUUUCUUGCCAAGUGGCAUCCUGCAUAUCGCCCACUACAUCCGCCUGUUUUUGAACGAGGACGACAGACUGUAUGGAUACUACAGAGUAGCAGUGUGUCUUUGCAGCUUCCACAGUUGUCUGGACCCUUUCCUGUGCAUGCUCGUUUCCAAGACGGCAGCCUCAGAUCUACAAUUCAUAUCACUCCAUGGGACACCUCAAAGGCCAGCUGUGAGGAUGUGAGACUAUUUAUGAGUGCACAGAAAAAAAACACCUUCUUGAGGACAAUUGUAAGGAACAAGUAAGGAAGCACACGCCCAAAACAAAGCAAGUUGAAGCUUGACACUGAUUUCAAGAGAGUGAUGCUGGAAUAUCAGUAUGAUUCAAAACAAAACCAAGCUACGUGAGCCAGUUCUCACAUCUGAAGGAAUAUCAGGGUCAGGAAAGUAACAGUUAAAAUGUGAAACUUCUUCACCUCAACAAAAUCUUAGAUUGGCUUGAUGAAACAGAGUCAGAAUCUGUGUUCAGCUAAUAUCUUUUGUGUUUCUAUUCCAAGUCGGAAAUAAAUGCAAUAAAUGUG